GACGGCGGGAGCAUUAAGCAAAAUAGAUUAAAAUAAAAUAAGAUAGCUUUUUCUUUCCACUGUCAAAACUCAAAAGUCUCAACGGAUUACUCGACACACCACUCCUCGUUCAGUCCGACUCACAACACACACAGCGCGGACACCAGCGUAACUUGCUUAGCUAGAUUUAAGGAGUGUGUUGAGGUCCGUGUUUUGAAGCUUGCGUUAGUAUGUGACGCUCUCGCCAUUUUCCAAUGCCAUGACCUCACGGAGAGUGUUGUCUCUCACAGAAAGAGAGUGCGAAGUGUGAAGACUGAGACGCCAACAGCGAGGGAGAUAGAGAGAGAAACAUGGGAAAAUCUAUUUCCUGCUUCAAAUUAAUCACAUGCGGCAGUACUGAGGCGGACGGCAACGGCAAUUACCAAGCGUCUGAGAUCAAAGAUUCAAGUGACAAACGAGGUUGGAGUUUCCGAAAAAAGUCUGCAAGGCAUCGUGUUCUUAGCAAUGCUGUAAUAACAGAUACCCCAUCUUCAGCAAACAAGGAGAGCUCAGAAUGUACUAGUAUCAAUUUCCAACCAUCAACUGAGACAAAUAUUGCUGAAAAGAGAAACACAACAAAUUGCCCUGAUGAGAAACCCCCUCCAUUAUCUGUGGCAAGCUCACAAUUAUCUGUGGCAAGCUCACAAUUAUCUGAAACAGUUGUUACUGAAACAGAGAGUAGGGUGGAUGUCAAUCCACCGGAGUCUGUGGUUAUCACCAUUCAAGCUGCCAUCAGAGGGUUCAUGGCUCAGGGAGCCUUGCUAAAGCUUAAGAACGUAGUGAAGUUGCAAGCUGCUGUUCGUGGGCAUUUGGUUCGAAGGCAUGCAGUAGGAUCUCUGCGUUGUGUUCAAGCCAUAGUUAAAUUGCAGCUCCUCGUGCGCGCUCGUCAUGCUCAGCAUUUGCGUCAAGAUAAGCAUGGCAAAAUUAAUGGCUCUGAAAUUUUGGGUAAUGGAAAUCAGGUGAGCAAGUCAAGUAUGAAGUCCACUUCCAUAGAGAAACUGCUUAGCAAUCGAUUUGCUCAUCAGCUGUUGAAAUCCACCCCAAAAAACAAACCAAUCCGUAUCACAUGUGAUCCUUCCAAAGCUGAUUCUGGUUGGAAAUGGUUGGAGAGAUGGAUGUCGGUUUCCUCCUUGGAUUCUGCCGAGUCUAAAAUAACAAGUUCAUUGGUGGAGCAAUCAGACAACAAUGAAUCUAGUCCUUCUCCGUCUCAAUUGGAAACUGGGCUUCAGUCUGAAGUUUUGUGUCAGUCAGAUGACUCAAGGCUCGCUGUUGAGGACUCUGUUGUGCCUUCUGAGGUUGAAGAGAAAGUGACUACUCAUGAUACAGGAAACUUAAGCUUCGAAGAAACCCAUUCUACGUCUCUUGCCAAAGAUGAUUUGGAAGAGGCACAGCCUGACAUGACAAUUACUUUUGAUGCUAAAGUAACCUUAGAAGAAAUUGAUUCUCAGCAAAAUAAAAUUGUGACAUCAGAUGCAAUUCCUCCUCAGGAGCUUAGUUCUCUACCGGAGAAACCUGAAAUUGACAGUGAACAGCCCAAAAGAUCCAUGAAAAGAUUUGCCUCUGAGCAACUAGAGACUGAGGGAACCAAAUUUGGGUAUGGAUCAAGAAAGGCCAGCAACCCAACAUUCAUUGCUGCACAGUCAAAAUUUGAAGAGCUGAGUACAAUGGCAAGUUCAGGAAGGUCAAGCAGUUUGUCCAAUAAUGAUGCAACUGUUGAAGCGCAUGAGGAUCCCAUUUCUGUUGGCACAGACAGUGCAUUUAGGUCCAAAGAGCUCUUAUUGGAGAGUUCUGCUCCCUUUCCUUCCAAGAUUGGUGGCUCUGAAUGUGGUACUGAACUCUCUAUUUCUUCCACGCUUGAUUCACCAGAAAUAUCUGAGACUGGGGCUACUGAAAAUGAACCUGAAGCCAAAGAUUUAUCAGAAGGGAUAUGUAAUCCUGACAGUGUGAUAAAUCAUGAGGUUGAGGCUAAUGUCUUUUGUACCACUCUCGCUGGUGAGUUACCCGGCUCUGCACUGGGUCAACCUGAGACUGCCAAUAAUGAAGAUGUGAAUGGCAAAUCACUUCAUUCAGCAGUAGUUGUUGAUUCCAAAGAGCCACCAGCUCUUAAGUGUGAGAAAAACAUGUCUGAACUGCAAAGAGAACAAGUGGAGUCUGCUGUGCAAGAUCUCAGAGCAUCUCCUGAAGCUUCACCCAGGAGCCAUGUAACCGUCCCUGAAUCUCAAGGAACACCUUCAAGUCAGGUAUCAGUGAAACCAAAAGAGAGAAAACCUGAGAAGACUGGAUCUGGAUCGACAAAUAGACGAAGGCUUCUGUCAGCUGGUAAUAAAUCACCUGCAAAUGCAACUCCUGAUUCAGGAUCUAGAGGUAGCAGGGAACAACUGCCUAAAGAUCAGGGGAAUGGGAAGAGGCGCAAUUCCUCUGGCUCUGCGAAACCUGAUCACAGUGAUCAAGAAUCAAGAGAUAAUAGUAACAAUAGUUCUCUUCCUCAUUUCAUGCAAGCCACAGAAUCUGCAAGGGCCAAGAUUAAUGCUAAUAAUUCUCCACGAUCAAGUCCAGAUCUGCAUGAUCGAGAUGUACAUGUUAAGAAGAGACACUCCUUGCCUGGUGCAAGUGCAACUGAUAGACAGGUUUCUCCACGCAUCCAGCGCUCAAUUUCUCAGGCACAGCAGGGUACGAAAGGACAAGGUUUACAUCCUCCUCAUGAGAGGAAGUGGCAGAGGUGAAUCGGAAGCUGAAGUGUGCCGACGUGCCUCUACAGUAGUUAUCAUGAAGGACCAAUUUGGAGUUUCUGAUUUCACUUUGUUCAUUCUCCGAGGGAUAGCUGCUCAGUUUUACUUGCCGGGAACUUUUUUAUACCCUUGAAUUUGUUGACUUUUUCAUUAUUCUUUGCCUCCCCUCCCUGCUCCUCCCCAAAUUUGAAGGUAACCAGUUGGACUGUAGGAUUCGUCUGGGAACAUACAUAAAUACAAGUGGGUGAGGAUUAUUUGUACAUUAUUGCUCGCGUUGCUGCUAGAUUAUUUCUUUUUUUCAUACUCAGUGAGUGGGGUGCGAUUUGUAAGUUUCAGGCCACAACUGUUUGUGAUAUAAUUAUGUUUGUAUUAGAUUGCUUUGCCUGUUGGCUGAGAGUUACGAUGGGUGUUACCUGGUUUGUUGGAAUAAGUUGGAAUGAAUUGACCCGACCAAUGUUCUUGAUUUCUUUUCUAAA